UGGUCCCGUUUUCCGCCUCGACAAGUCUCGCCUGACCUUGUGCCACCAAGUAGUUCAGACUAAAACCGGAACCGAUUGUUUGAGUAGGCACUUCAUUGUUUCCGUGCCAGGAAAUGAAGUCAACGGAGCCCUAUGGUGCUUUGGGGCCACUCAUUUCAAAACGUUGGCAAUCUUUCCGCUGGGGUGCGUUGCAGUUGUGGAACUUCCUCUGCGGUGGAGAAAUACGAAGUCGGCGAGCCGAGCCUCUGCGUUGUGUGUCACGGCUGCGGUGGCCCGGCUUCCUCCCCACCUUCCCACACCUCAAAUUGCAGAAGGAAGUUGCCAAAGUUGAGUUUGAAGCAGAAAAAGGCCCAUCGGGGAGGAAAAAAGGGGGCACCUAAUGCUCGCAGGGUGCCGUCAAGAGCGCCGAAUCGAUGACACAAUGGAUGAGACGCUGGAGGGAUUUGUCUCGGAUCCACUGGUCACUUGGAUACAAACCUUGGAGAGUCUGGUAGACUCCAGAUAUGACCGGUCCCUUCGGGAGAUAAGUCCUGAGGAUCCCAAAGAGUUUUUCCUCCAGUUAGUCAAUGGAGACUUCCUCAUCCGUGUCAUGGAGGUGAUAGAUCUAAUCCCUGGAGGAGCACGGCCUUCAUGGAGCGAUGAAAGCGAAGAAGUGCAUCGGUUGCAAAUGCUCCAGGCGGUCCUGCAACGCCUGUACAGCUUUUACUUGAAUGAUCUGCAACAACUUGUUAUUUUCUCGCCACCCAACGUUCAUCUCCUGGCUCAAGACCCCCUCACAGCCCAGGCUGUUGGUGAGAUGAAGAAGCUGUUGCUGCUGUUGCUGGGGAGCGCUGUUCAGUGUGAGCGACGAGAAGAAAUCAUUGGACGCAUCCAGACACUGGACAUUGGUACCCAGGCUGCCUUGGCAUCUGCCAUCCAGGAGGUAACCCAGAAACCCAAGAAUGUGCUGAAGUUGCACUGGAAGCAACUGGAACAAGAAGAGAUGGAAGAGCUCCUGCAGGAUGUGAUGUCUCAAAUCCCAAAAGUGGUGCAACAACGAGAUGCGGCUUUGGAGAAACUAUGGGAUCUGCAGCAGGAAAAGGAAACCCCGGCAGUUUCCCCAACAAAUAACAAUUGCCAACAUCUUGGGGUGCAGUUGGCUGAAGCUCGAGCCCAAGUCCGGCGUCUGCAGCAUCAACUAGAAGAGAAGAUGGAGGAGCAGCUAGAUCUGCAGGAUGAACUGAAGGAUUUGGAAGCAAAGCUUCAACACAUGCGUGAAGAGAAUCGAAGGUUGACCAGCGAGGCCCGCCUCACCGUUUUGUACCGGGAUGAACUGGAUGCCCUGCGGGAGAAAGUCUUGCGGACAGAACGGCUUCAGACGGAGCUGGCAGCCUUGCGAGGGAGGCUGCCUGUAUUGGAGCAAUACCAAGCCCAGCUGAAGGAAGAACGUGAAUUUUCUCAGGCUCUGCUGGACACCAAGGCCAUGCUGGAGGAGCAACUGGAAGCAGCUUGUGCCCGAAGCCAGCAGGUGAAACAUCUGGAAGCAGAGAAGAAACACCUGCAAAGCAGCUUGAAUCAGAUGAAAGAGGAACGAGACCAGAUCUCCCAUCAGAGAGAAGAGCUUUUGAGAGAAAACCUGGAUCUCGAGAGGCAGCUGGAGCAAGGUUUGAAGGAGCCCAUUGAUGCCCUCCGCUCAGAAGAAGUGGACCAAGACUGCCUUCCAAAGGAAACAUCUGACAUUUCCAUUUUUUUGGGCUACGAAAUGAAGGAGUCGGGUCGGUUGCUGGCCCUGGAGCAAGAGAACCAGAAAUUGCGUCGGAGGCUGCAGGAGAUGUUGGAGAGAAUGGCUGGAUCUGAGAGUUUGGACCCGGCGUCAGAGAACUCAAUCCUUGAUGGAAAGCUACAAUCUCCAGAAAACCCUUUGGAACCAAAGAUGGAGGAGCAACCUUUAUUGAAGUCCCAAGAGGAGCAGAAACAAGAGGUUGUGGUCCCAGAAAAGGGGUCAGAGACUGAUGAGCGCAUGGCCAGGAUGGCAGCAGCUCUGUUGGAAGCUCAAGCCCAGUUCAAAGAGGCUGAGGAGUAUCGGGAGAAAGCGUCCCAUCGUGUUGUGACCCUUGAAAACAGACUGAGGAGUCUUCAGGAAGCUCAUGAGAAGCACAAACAAGAGCGUAUGGAGUGGCAUUCAGAGACGGAGCACCUCGUGGAAGAGGUCCAGGCCUUGGAACGAGAGCAGGAAGCCCUCCAGGCCGGUUCCCAAGCUUUGCAGGCGCUGGCCGCUCGGACCGAACUGGAAUUGGCGGAGACCAAGCGACGUCUUCAAGGCGAACAGCUAAAAGGCACUCAACUGGCCCAGAAGGCCCAGCAAAUAGGAGAAGACCUUUGCGAAGCUCGGCAGGAGCUGGAGAUGGUGCAACGCAUCCUGGAGCAGCACAAAGUCGCUCUGGCUCAGCUGGAGGCUGAGAAGGCUCUUCUGGAGGACCUCCUGAGUCAAGCUGAGGCCCACCGGCGGCAACUAGAUAAGGACAACCGGCAAUUGAAGGCCCAGGCUCAAGCCCAGGAGAAGGCACUAGAAAAGCAAAAACUCCGUCUCGUUCACCUCGAGGGACAAUCCCGGCAGCAAGCGAUGGAGCUGAACAGCCUACAAGAGGUUGCUCAAGGUCACAAGGAACUGGAGAUGGAGGUUGCUGGCUUGCGAGAGCAGUUGGAGGCCAAGCACGAAGCCUUAGCCACCCUGGAGGAGGAACUCCAAAGGGAAAAAGAAAAAAGAAGUAAGGAAACUAUCUCGAUCCAACUAAACGAAUCACUGUUGGAAAAGACAAGGAGUUCUCAGAUAGAUGUGGAAAGCAGGAAAUGGAGCGAGGAACAGCAAGAGGGACCUUCCGACAAGAGGCUGAAGGAAGAGAGCAGCACACACAUAUCGCAGAGUGAAGGAAGGCAGGAUCUUGUGCCCCAACACACAAGCAACCAUCAGUUUCUGGAGAAGCUGCCCAUGAAUCAGGUUUUGGAGACUCCGAGUGAACUCAACCCUGACCUGCUGCCCCUCCACUCAGAGGCAUGUAGCCAAGCCCUGAGUGCGAGACUCAAUGAAGUGGAAUGUAAGAAUACCGUUCUCCAGGCUGAGAAAUUCACACUAAUAGGACGCUUAAGCCAAUUGGAGUCACAGAUAAGCAACCUCCAAGGAUCGCUCUUAGGUCUGCAAGGCCAGAACUCGGAAGUUAAGGAAGAAAGUGGGAAAUGGCAGUCUGAGAACAACGCACUGAAGGUAGAGGCCGCAUCCCUGCAUUUCCAGAAAGCGUCCCUGGAAUCUCAGCUCUCGGAUCUGCGACAGAGGCAGUCCGCCCUGGAGGCCGAGGCUCAGAGAACCCAGCGCGAGCGAGAGGAGUGGCGGGCCCGCUAUGAGGCUCUUCUGCGCGACCACGACCGCCUGACGGUGCUGCACGAACGGCAGGGAGCUGAUCUGGAGGAGCUGCUGGGGAAACAUGUCAAACUCAAGGGGAACCUGCGCCGUCUGGAGCAGGAAUCCCGGGAACUGCAAGACAGGCAUAGCCAGCUAUUAGGGCAGAAGGCUAAUCUCGAACAUCGAGAAGAGGCAUUACGGGGACAGAAGGUGCAAUUGGAGGAGGCAGCGCGACACCAGCAAGAACUGGAGGAGCAGCACAACAACCUGAAAGAGGAGCAUGAGCGGGUGAAACAGACGCUGGCCCAGAAGGAACGGGGUUGGGAUGAGCUCCAGGAGGAGCUUCGAGGGAUGCGGAACAGAGUCACCAGCCUGCAGCUGGAUCACGCCAGGCUAGAGGCCGAAAAUGCAGCCCUCAAGGAGCAGAACCAGCAGCUGGACACGGCACUGGGCCGCCUGAGCACCCAAUGCGAGCUCCUGGCCCAGUUGAAGGGGAACCAGGAGGAGGAGAACCGUCACCUUCUCCAGGAGAUCCAAGCCCUGAGCAGGGAGAACCGGCGCUUGCUGGAGCACAGCAUGGAGAGCAAGGAGCACUUCCAGGAGGAGCAGCGCCAGUAUCUGGACAAACUGGGCGAAUUACGUCGGGAAAAACAGAAACUGGUGGAGAAGAUCAUGGACCAGUACCGGGUGCUGGACCCGGCGCUUCCUCGCGGCAAGAAAAGUAACUGGAUUGCAGAGAAAAUAAGGAAGCUGAUGAAGCCUCGCCGGGAUGCUCCCCGCGAUCAGCUGCGCCCCAUGGCGGAGGGGGCCGGCAGCAAUGAAAGCCUGGCAGGGCAAGAGGGCCCAGAGGCUGAUGGGAGAGGUGAGUCCUUGUAUGGAGACACCUAG